AGAAAAUAUAGCAGUAAAAAUGGGUAACCACACAAUCAAGAGCCAAACUCAAGUCAAAAUCCUCGGGGUUAUCUUCGAUUCCAAAGCGUCAUGGCGCCCAUACAUACAACAUAUACAAAAAUCCUGUCUUUCUAGAAUCAAUUUGAUUAAAACACUUUCUCAUACAGCGUGGGGAGCACAAACUCAGAUGCUUCUGAAAAUCCAUAAAUCACUGAUCCUUUCCAAAAUAGACUACGGGGCCUCUCUAAUAUCCACCACCAAACCUUCUCACCUAAGAAUACUGGAAUCAGUACAUAACUCAGGGAUCCGACUUUCCAUAGGUGCGUUCCGAUCAAACCCCAUCAGUAGCAUACUCAACAUUGCCGGCGUUCCCCCAUUGGACAUAAGAUGGUCUGAACUAACAUUCAAAAUCGCAGCCAGAAUGGCCCGUGCCCCCCAAUGUCUUCACUCCUCACCUAACCUCAUUUUCGACAAUUACAAAAAAUAUGAUCUAGACAAUAUAUUGACAACUGAAAUCAGCAUAUCCCCUCCGUGGCUUAUCUCAAUAAACAUCAAUCUGGACCUACAUCAACUCCCAAAGAAAUCUACCAGCUCCUCCCAAUACAGAAACCUCUUCAUGGAAAUACUUUCAUCUAAACAACAGCACGCACUCAUAUACACGAACGCCUCUGUUGUGGCUAAUCGUGUUGGAAUGGCUAUCAUCCACGGGGACACACAUAUCCAAUGGAAACUAUCUAACAAGUGCUCUAUUUACACCGCUGAAGCACUAGCCAUCCUCAAAGCCAUUGAGUUUGCAACAAACAAAGUCGAAGCCAACCAGAUCAUUAUCCUCAGCGACUCCCUUUCUUCCCUCAUGAGUAUCCAGAACCACUGGAAACCUACUGACCUAGCUAGAAAAAUUCUUAAUGCACAUACCACCGCCUCCUUCGCCGGUAAACAAAUAUCUUACAUGUGGAUUCCCGGCCACUGCAACAUUGAAGGAAAUGAACUAGCUGACAAGGCUGCCAAACAAGCCCACCUUGCCAAUAACCCUCUCACGUCCCCGGUUUUUACAUACCAGGAUGUUAAGAGGAUCAUCGCUAUAGAGGCACAAAACCAAUGGGAAAACAAAUGGGUAGCACAGACAACCAAGUUACACGAGAUCAAAAGAACCACAUACCCAUGGCCGUUCCCCGCAAACAUCUCCAGGAAACAGGAGACAGCCAUUACUCGCCUCAGGAUAGGACACACAUACAUCACUCAUCAACACCUCAUGAAAGGAGAAGAACCUCCCGACUGCACUCAAUGCGGUUCCCCGCUCACCGUCAAACACAUCCUCACGGAAUGCCGAAGUUACGAGAACGAAAGGAGAGAACUGAAUCUUCCAGACCAGCUAGCCGAUUCACUCAGCCCCGAACAGAGAAACCUGACAACGACGUUGAAAUUUCUACACAACACAGGACUUCUAAACAAAAUUUAAUUUAUAAUAACAAACUGUUUUUUUUUUUUUCCUUUUUCAUUUUAAUGUAUCUCUUUACAAAAGUUUAACCCUGUACAGAAUUGUAUAGUAUUAUUGUCGUCCAAUGGCCAUAGUCGCCGCGGAUAUAAUAAAUAAUAAAAAAAAAAAAAUAAAUAAAUAAUUGUCAGAAAAU